AACCUCGUCUUCACUCAAGGUGUCAAGAUGGAGUCUGUAUCAGCCUUGAUUCGAGUUUCGUUGCCUAAUUAUUUGAAAAACCUGCCAAUACCAGACUCUGUUAGUGGUAUUGCAAGUUUGUCGGGUCAAGACUGGCUUUCCUUGGUACCUUUUGUAGGAACUGUAUCACUCAUAGUCUAUGUUACUGUACAAGCCUUCAAGCCCAAAGUGGAAAAGAAGAACUUCCCAGUUAAUCUCAAGAUACAGAAGGAAAAUGCUAAAGUUGUCAAUAUGGUUGACAUUGAGGAUCUAGGGGACAAAGUUAGCUACUGUCGAUGCUGGCUCUCUAAAAAGUUCCCCCUCUGUGAUGGCAGUCACAAUAAGCACAACGAUGAAAUGGGUGAUAAUGUUGGCCCACUGGUGCUCAAGAGGAAGGAACCCUCAAAAUAGAGGUUUUACACACACACACCUCCAAGUCCCUGUACAGCUGAUUAUGUCAGUGACAUAGACAAGAGGAAUCUGUCUUGUGUUUCAUUCUGUUUAGCCACAGUAUCAUUCCUAGGAUAUAUACAAUUAUGCAGGUAGUUCAGCUUGGUUGCUUACAUGUUUGACAUGUUGACUUGUUACCAGUUCACGAUAUUUCACCUGUGCCUAGCUAAUAGGAUUAUAUGUAAUCAUUAUGUCUUGGUGCCAUAAAAAAUUGAAUGGUAAUGAUUUAGAGGAUUAAAGCUUAACCAGAAGAUAAUCCAAAGGAAUAUCAAGUUUGUCUCUGUAAACUUUUUGUACAAUUCUUUAAUUGGGAAAAUAUGUUACUGAUACAUAACUCUGUAACUGUUUAAUGGGCAUUCAACUUAGUUCUGUAGCAGUGCUGUUCUACACAGUUUUAUAGAACAAAAUGAACAAAGAUGUACUGGCAUUGACUUUAUAAGCAUCCCAAUGUCAUCAAUAUGAGAUCCUUUACUCCUAACAAUUCCUGUCUUCACCUCCUAAGGUAACAUCCGCGAACCAUCGAGGCAGCACAACAUUCGCUUUCUCAGUACGAGGAUACAAACACUUCAGCCUAGCAAAUCUGAUUUCUGUAUCUGGAAAACAAAAUGCAACAACUUCUGAAUAUGGAUGCAUCAGGCUGCACCAUAAUGUGCUUGGUUUUUUCUCCACGCCAUGUUUUCUGAGGGUUUUGGUAUCAACACUUCAAAUCAAAGGAAUCUGAAUAUUGUGGGGUUUUCAUUUGUACAAAGCCAAAUUGUUUAGAAAAUUGACAUAUGAUCGGCUUAAAAACCCAUCAUCCUUCAUUUCAAGUGCUAUUACAUUAGAGUAAAAGAUCUGAUUUGAUGAGACUGAAAAGCAUCCAAGCCCAAGUUUGGGGGAAACAAUCUCUUUCAAAAGCAGUAUAAUGAUUUUGUCACUUUGAAUCACACAAGUAUACCAUCAGGUGAACCAAAAAGUGUUAAAUUAAGAGAUGAGAAAAAAAUGCACCUCAUUCUGAUACUAUUUUCUAUUCAAAGACAAUUUAUCAUAGUUAUAUUUAUUCAACUAAUUUGGUAUUCUAAGUGUUCUACAUAACACAUUGUAAUACUAACAGCUUUCAGGUGGCACAAUAAUUGUCAAGUUUAGAUUUUGACUAAUACUAAGUAAUCAUUCUAAUAGUGACACAAGUUAAUUAUUCAACAGGUAUCUAAAUCAAUAUAAUGAGACUUCAAAAAUGUUCCAGUACCACUCAAUAUUUGCUAAGGACCAAAACAGACAUCUGUAGUCAAAGGUGUGGUCUUUAUUAAAUGUUGAGCAGUAUGUUUACACUGUGUAACUAAUCUACUCCAUUGUUCCCCUCAUCAUUUAUAUGGUACAUAAUUAGAUUUAAUGUGGGACAAGCUCAAUAAGAUUGCAUUCAAAUUUUUGGCCCUUUUACUGAGUCUUUCCAUGCCAGCUGAUUCAAGUUCCUGCUCAGCCUAACUACACACAGGCAAUAUCUCAGGGUCAGUUUCACACAGGGUUUAUAUGUCCUGAAUGGAAAAUGGGCACUAGACCAUAGAACAUACAUGUCUUAACCUUCAAGAAAAGAGCAUAAACAUUUUCAUGUAAAGCAGAGACCAUAUAUGGUCUCUGUGUGAAGAGAAAAUUGUGUUUGAUCAGAGACCAUAUACCGAUUAUAUGGUCUCUGGUUUUAUACAUGGCUGAUUUGUUAUUCAUCAGGUAUGGGAAUGGCAAAAUAUCUGUCAUUUUCAGACAGGAAACCGUACAAAGUACAAACCAGAGUCAACGAUUGCCUGUGCAGGGUUACUAAACUAUAGUCUCACCCAUUGCAGUCAGGUUGUGAUGGUGCCAUGCCUGAAUGUGAUUAUGGUAAACACUGUCAAAUACAAGUUGUUUGUAUUUUUCAUCAUGAAUGUUUGAUAUGUCCAUCACAAAUAAGAUGCAAAAUUCCUCAUCAUUGACUGAGAGUAUUUUAGUAUUUGUGUGAUCUUAUUCAGAUAUUAUUCAGCUCUCCUUUCUACAGAAAGUAGUAUGAGACCAUGCCUUCAUACAGAUGUCAGACAGCAACUUCUGUUGUCUAUAUCUCUGCUUUGAAAGGGCAAUUGGGUAGCCAAAUGGUUUAAGCGUCGGCUCUUCAGGCGGAUGUCCCAGGUUCUACUCUCAACAUGGGUACAAUGUGUGAAGCCCAGAUCUAAUGUGCCUGGCUGUGAUAUGGCUGGAAAAUUGCAAAAGAGGCAUAAAACCACUCUUACAGCAUCCGUAAUGUUAUGCUUUGUUGAAGAAGGUAUGAGUUGGGUUUUUUAACCAACAGCUGUUCAGGUUUUUGUGCUUGUUGUUUCAUUUGCUGUUUUAAACACAAUGUCAAACAUUGUCCUUGGCCUUUUACAAUAAUGUUGUGAUUUUCAUUACACUUAUAUUCAAAAGGGGUAGCUUGAGCUUCAUUAAAAGUAGUGAAAUAGCUUGAUAUUAAAUUGGAGAACUACAUUAAAGUGGCCAUGUGUGGUAUGUGUUUGCACAUGUGCUUGUUGUUUAGUCAUUAAUAAUAUACUACUGAACAAGGGUUAAGUUUAGCACCUUUUAUAUAAGUUGGGCAAUCAGAACCUCUGUACUUAGAAAUCUAUUGCUUUAAACAUAGGGUGUGUCACUUGAUGUAUAAUUUCGUGUUGGUUCUGUUAUCUGUGAUAAACAAUAACACCACAGUUAACCUGAAGGUGUAUCAAGAUAUGGGCAUGAUGUUUUAACACUGUUGAAAUAGCUGAGAGAUACUUGUGGCUGUGAGUAAGCAACUUCCUUGGUUUAUUAGGGUCUAAGCAGUUUCCUUUCCUUAAUAUUAAUAGAAAUAGUGUAUAAUUACUUUCAUGACUGUACACCUUGGUACAUAAUCACUGCUUUUUUGUAACAUGUAUGCACUGAUGAGAGAGCUAUAGACAUUUUUUGCUUGACAUUUUGAGAAAUUUGGUGUUCUUUCUGUACACGGCUAACAUGGAACUCAGUCAUGAAUGCAUUUUGAAAAUAAUCAAAUAAUCCAAAAGGUUGAAUACAACACCAAGAAAAAAACAUGGUUUUAAUUGAACGCCAAUCUUUUUUCCAAACUUAGGGGAUGAAGUGUAAUUAUGGAAAUACUUAUUGAUCCACAUGCAGUGGUGUAAACACGGAUAAAGGCCAGUGAAGUAUGUAAUAGGUUAAUGUUUUUUACGUGCAAUGCAUAUGUGCUAUGAUUUUCCUGAAGGAUAUGUUUUGGCCAGAUACAAAAACACUGCUACAAACAAGGCAUUUGUCAUCAUCAUCUGAAGGACAUAUAUUCUGAUCAGAUGUCUAGACAUUGCAUUAAAAAAUACAAAGGAUUUUCUUACCAUAUUCAUAAACAUUGUAGCCAAAGAAAGAAAAACAAAAAAGUGCUAUCUGAAGGACAUAUAUCAAUCAUAUUGAUAUGUCAAUACGUGUAUGUGCUAAAUAACUUCACGGCUGUGCAAGUAACUGUGACUGUACAGGAAGUCUUCCAGUGUUGAACAAAUUGUAACUGUUCGGAUAUUUUUCUGAGUGGAUAGUGUAUUUUUUUACAGAUGAAUGAUUUGUAAAUUUGUUGAUGACAGGCUUUGCUGAGUGUUAGUUCUUGCACAUUGUGAGGGACAGAGUUGUUUUGAUUUGUUGUCAUGUUUUCUAACAAAGAAAUAAAUGUUUCAUAAUA